AUUAGGGUCGCCAAAAAAAAUAGUGGAUUUCGAUAACUAUAAGUUUAAUUGAGAGAUUCCGGUUCUAAAAUUUUUUGAAUUCACACGAAAGUUUCUUGUGCAGUAUUGAGGAAUAUGCAAAAACUGUCUCAUAUCCUUUGAUCCAGCUUAUCCAAUACUCAACCCAGGACAACAAUCGAUCAUUUUAGUUGAGAACAUUGACACCUUAUAUUCCUCCAUGCAAAUGGGGCCAACCUAAUGUACAUAAAUUGUUGUAGUUAUUUGCGAAAACAUGUUAUCAAAACAAACAACCACACAAAAUAACAAGUAGAAAAUGCCUCAAACAAACUCGCUGCCUUCGAUUGAACAAAAAUUACUGAAUGUUAUAGCUGGACAGGAUUUGGGUGAUAUAACGCAGGAAUUGUGUGAUUUUUCAUUGGAAGAGCAAAAUGCUACAGCUGAGGCGCAAGGUAUACAGCCAAGUGCAGCUUCUGAUUUUACACCAGUUUUGGGCAAAACUGUAACCUAUAUAGUGGCCUGUGUUUUAUUCAAUGAAGACAAUGAGGUAUUGGCCAUGCAGGAAGCUAAACAGUCAUGUGCAGGCAAAUGGUACCUUCCAGCUGGCCGUAUGGAAAAAAAUGAAACAAUCUGUGAAGCAGCCAUUAGGGAAGUAUACGAGGAAACUGGUCUAAAUUGUGAAAUAAAUACACUUUUGGCAAUUGAGGCAGCGGGUGGUUCAUGGUUUCGAUUUGUUUUAACCGGUCGAAUAACAGGUGGAUCGUUGAAAACACCUUCACAAGCUGAUAGUGAAUCGCUGCAAGCAAGAUGGGUGUCAGAUAUCAAAGAAUUGCCGUUAAGAGCAAAUGAUAUUUUAAACAUUAUUGACAUUGGAAAGUCUUAUGUCAGCCGCAAUCAUUCACCACAGCCCGUUUUAUGGCAUAAUGAAGUCAUUCCUACCAAAUAUUCUCACCACAAAAAUUACUUACGCGUUGUGGCCGUGAUACGCAAAAGAGCCACAAACGCUUUAAAUGUAUUGGUGAGUGAAAAGAACGUACACCAUUUCCCAACAGUCGAAGUUCACCCACAGAGAAGUUUGCACUCGACUUUACGUAAAUUCAUGAUUGAAUUGUUUGGUGCUGAACUUCCUCAGCAUCGUCCUCAUGGCAUUUUAAGUGUUGAACACUGUCCAUCACCACCACCUCAUACGAGCGAUGGCAUUUGCUUAAAUGUAUUGGUCGUAUUUAGGCCACCAUUAGAAGAAGUGUCCCUAAUUGGAAAGUGCACUUGGCAUGAGUUAAGUAAAACUCUAGAAGAAAAGCUUGGACGUAUUCUAUCUAGUAAACAUUCAACAAUUCCUUUAAAUGUUAUACGAUAGAUAUUUAUAGCAUUUAUUUAACUACAUAGAUUUAAUUGUACCAGGUUUUGGAAAAAGCAAGACAUUUUGUAUAUAGUUUUUAAAUUCUCUUUGUUUUUAAUGUUACUUACAUGAAUAUUACGCAUGUAAUAAUACCACACUCUCCAGUCUAAAUAUACAUAACACUCAUUUUCGAAAACACCGCCGAAACUUAAAAUGUACGAUACUUACAUGUCUAAACUCUUUUAGAUAAUUUAAUUUAUAGAAUGUAUGAGAUCUAUAAGAUUUAAACUAAUCAAAUCAUUUUAAUAUUGGUAUCUUCUAAUAAAUGUUUAUUCAGACCAUAUUGAAUUUUCAGAAAUUUUCAUAUUGAAUUAUUACCAGAAGAUAAAAUUAAAUUAACUGGAAUUAGUUUAAAUUUUAUAGAUCUCAAAAAACUGUAACUAUUAUAAAAAUACCAAAUCUUAAUUUUCCAUAUUUUAGAAAUAAUAUGUUCAUCAUUUCACUCGAAACUGUGCUUUUUUUAGUUACAGCGGUCUUCUUGCGAAUGAGCGAUAUGUAAACUGAAUUGUGAAUUGGCUUAAGCAGUUAAUUAAAAAAAGCUUUAAUUAAAACCAAUACAAUAUACAUACAUAUAGAUACAUAUUUAUUAUUAUAAUUUUUAUACAUGGUUGUUUGCAACUACUUUAUUAUUGUAGAAUUGUUUAUGUUUUCAAAAGUAAUAAACAGAAAUGUUUAAGUAAAAAAAAUAUAUAGUAUAAAUAAAUAGUACUGUAUAAUAGGGAUAUUCAUUUAACCGUAUAAGUUUACACAAUUUGUAAAUGUAUAUAUACAUUUUUGUGUAAAUAAAUUUUGCUUUACAAAGCAUUUAUUUGAUUACUUGAAAACCCCUACUAAUAUUUAUUUAAAUGCAAUUUACAAAGAAUGUUUUUCGUCUGAACAAGUGUUUCGUUUAAUUGGAAUAGUGUAAAACUUAAAAAACAUUAUCUACAUGCAUAUACACACACACACAAACAUUCAUUAUAAAAAUGUAAUUAUUAUUUUAACUAAAAGGUAACUAGCUGGAUAUUGACUAGUAUAGUCAACAAUAUAUUAAUUUGUAAAAGAAAUAAACUUAAAAAGUACAUAAUUAAGUUGCAUUAAAUUGAUGAAAUCAUUUAGUCUUUCCACACCUUGUUGAAUAAAUCCAUAAAUGAGUCGUAAAUCAUGAAUGUUAUGGCUACAUCGAGACAGACACGACCUAGACGAGGCACUGUGCCCUUGUAGAAGGCGGUAACACCUUCAUUCUUCCAAAUUUGCAUGGCACAAUCGGCGGUAUUUUUAUAUUUGGCAGCUUCUAAGCCUUGCAUACGUGUCUUGACCACAUCCAAAGGAGUGUUACCGAACACAGAUGCAGCACCGGCAAACGCACCGAAUGCACCAACCAAUAAUUUAGGAACAUGUUUGUUUUUGUCAUCUCCCUUAUACAUAUCCUUAAGAGAUUCCAUGACGAAGAAACGAAUUGCUUGAUUGGAACCCUGCUUUAAGAUGGUGGGUGUCAAACCCUUGUAAAUGCCGCUAAUACCUGCAAAUCAAGUUUUAUUAAUUACACUCAAAGCUGAAUGAAUAAUCAUACAAACAUACCUUCUGCUUUAAUAAUACAGCCUACACCAUGAGCAAAUCCUUUAUAUUGAGGUUUGGCGCUACGCUGAUCGUUAAUAAAUUUCACUUUAAUGGUCUCCAUGGGUGUUACAGCCAACACAGCUUCACAUACACCAGCUCCCAAGCCAGCCAACAAUUUCCCGGAAGUACUUAAUUGGCCAUUUUCAUCAGCCAAAUGACCACGUAAUGUUUCGAAUGCUCCAAACCUGUAAAAUAAAUCCAACACAGUCAUACACGUUUUUCCACAAAGUUGCAAAACCUACCUAGCCGCCGAUUUUGGUAUACUUCCGUACAGCAAAACACUCAAACCUCUGUACAGGCCAAAGAAACCUCUCUGUUGGAUUGUCUUUUUCACACAGUCACCAAUGCCGUUGUAUCGUUUGUUAGCACCUUUCUCGUCCAAUUGCAACUGUGUCUUGACAUAUUCCGUGGGAUAGGUGAUGCAAAUUUCGAUACCACCGGUAAUACCUCCAGCAAUAAUACCUUUCACACCUUUACCACCACCACUAGGAGCUGCAGCACCAGUCUGUGCCAUCCAGGGACGCUGGCCAAAGGGAUUUACGAAAGCACCAAUAGGACGAUCCAUUUUAUAUUUUAAUAGGAUAUAUUUAAAUUUUUUACAACGAUAUUAAACUUUCACACACGUACGGAAUUAAGC